AUGGCAGCUGCGGCGCCGGCGGCGGGCAAGGGGAAGCGAAAGCGCCACCUCUCUGAGGACGACGUCUACCUCCUCCUCCACAGGUACGCUCCGGGGACGAUCCUGACGGCGCUGCAGGAGGUGGCGCAGCACGCGGAGGGCCGGCGCAUCGACUGGAGGGCUGUGGUGGGGAAGUCGGCCACGGGGAUCACCUCCGCCCGCGAGUACCAGAUGCUCUGGCGCCACUUCGCCUAUCGCCACGACCUAGAGGAUAGCGUCGACGCCGGCGAAGAGCCUCUGGGCGAUGACAGUGACCUGGAAUUGGAGCUUGAACCCAAUCCCAUUCCGACCAAGGAAGCUUUAUCUGAGGCCUCUGCAUUAGCCAAGGCGCUAAUAUCCGGAUCUUCACGUGAGCAAGCCUCUGGUCAUCGCAUUAACUUGGAUCCUCCUGUGCUGAACACCCAAAAUGAAAAGAUAGUGCGGGUUCCAUCUGAGAAACAGCUUGCUCAGAGUCAUCGUAUAGCAAAUGUUACAGGUCCUGUUGCCAGUUCAAAACAGUCAUCUCAUAUAGGACCCUCUCCUGGUCAUUUGGAUCCAAAUGGAGCUUCUAAAAAGAGAAAGAAGUCAAAAGCAUGGUCUAAAGAGGAGGAUGCAGACCUAGCAGCUGGUGUGCAGAAGUAUGGUGAAGGAAAUUGGGAGGAUAUUUUGCAUAAAUGUAACUUUGAUAGUACAAGAACGCCUGAUCAGUUAUCUCAGAGAUGGGCGCUAAAGCGUCCAGGAGGAUCAACCAAGCCUGCUAGCACUAAACAUGCUUCUGUUGGCUCAGAGGAAAGAUCAGCAGCUCUCAAGGCACUUUCAUUGGCUGUCGGUCCUAUGCGGAGAUCAGGAGCUUAUCAACAAAGCAUUCAGCAUAAGUCUACAGCGUUUGCUCCUAAGAUGCCAGAAGUAAGAUCUGCAGCAACCCCUUCACCGGCACCGGAACUGGCGCUGCCAGUCCCAGUCCCAGUUGCUAUGCCUCUGCGUGUGGCAGCUCAAGUGCAGACUCUGCUUCAUCAAGGGCAACAAGCUCCUGCCCAAGCUGUGCCACCAAAAUCGUCAAAUGCCUCAAAUAAGACACGGAAGAAGCAAGCAGCUCAGCCAAAUCCCACCAUUGGUCCUUCCUCAAUACAAGCAGCAGCAAUUGCUGCUGGUGGGCGACUUGCCACAGCGUCAACUGCCGCAAGUUUUCUAAAAGCUGCACAAUCUAAGAAUGUUGUGCACAUAAAAUCUCUAGGAGCAACAUCUUUGAAAUCUUCUGCAAGCUCUAAGGCAUCAAUUGUGGUUGAGCAUGGAACACAACCUGGGGGCUCCCAGCACCUAGAACCUCUAAAUGCUAGCGCAGUUCAUGGUGUUUCAGGAGUUACUGCAGUUAAUCAAUCAGGGCCACUUGCUGGGGCACGUUCUUUGGAAACUAAGAAGGCAUUGAGUACCACACUAGCACCUGUCCCAUGCGAGGAGGAUGACUCUGAAUUUUGUGCGAUUACGAUAGAUGACUUGUUUCCUGAAGAUGCAAAGCAGCCAGAAGUUGUCGAUGCAAAGCAGCCUGGAAUUGUAGAUGCAAAGCAGCCAGAAACUGUGGAUACCAAGGCAAAGCAACCAGAAACCACUGGUCUCAAGGCAAAGCAGCCAGAAAACGCAGAUCCCAAGGCAAUGCAACAAGAAACCAUGGAUCCCAAAUCAAAGCAGCCAGAUACAUUAGAGGUUGAGAUGAAGGUUGAGAUAGUAGAUCCCAAAGAUAAAGACAUGCUAGAGUUUGAUCAAUAUGUUGCUUCUCAAGGAGGACACUUAAACACGGAUGAUCUGAAUAAAAGCAAGUGUACCAACAGUGCUUCCCAGGCCCAAGGUCUUGUUGGCAGCCAGAAGCCACAGAAACUGAUUCCCGCGGAUGGGAAAGGUAACCCUGUAACUGUGGUUGGGAAAGGCAAGCCUGUAACUGCUGGAGUGGCAGCAACUGGGAAGAAGACUAAAAUUCCUGUCUCACAUUCGGCAGCAGGGACCCCACGUGGCAUUGUUGAGACAGUCAAUGCCAAUGCCCCAAAUAAAACACUAGUAAGGAGGGUAGCCACCCCUGCCUCUGUCCCUGCUGGUUGCCAAGGGCCUCCCAUGAAGAAGGAUGCCAUGAACGCAAAAGGUAACCAAAUGACACCUAGCAAUGCCACGGUUAUCAGUUCUGGAGUAGCAGCCAGCAGCCAGACUAGUGUGGCUGCGAAAGGUGCUAGCAAAGCAAAUCCACCAUCCAGCAGCAGCCAGGCCAAGCCAAACAGUGUGGCGGUGAACGGUGCCAACAGGGUGGUGAAUCCACUGUCCAGCAGCCAAGCUAGCGUGGCGGUGAACGACCCUAACAGGGCUGCGAUACCACUGUCCAGCAGCCAGGCUGGGGCGACGGUUAACGGUGCCAACAGAGCGGCUAACCCACCACCCAGCAGCCAGGCUAGCACAGCCGUGAAUGGUGCUGCUAACAAGGGGAAUCCGCCAGCAGCAGCCAGGCAAUAG